AGCACGGUGCUGCUGACCCCUGACUCCCAGGAUCAUGCCAAGCUGGGCCCGGCCGCGGCCCCGCACCCCCAUGGCAGUGCUGCAUGGAGUGGGUGCCCCUUCAGAGCACCAGGACUGAGCGCCGGGCCCCCCCUGCGCCCUCCACCACCCCACCAUGCCUCUGGUGUGGCUGCCGGACUGGAGCUGCUCCCUGGACGGGCUGCGGGAUUUCAUCGCCGCCGGCAUCCAGUCGUUCCGGGACUGCGACGGCGGCGCGCUGCUGGCCGUGGGUUGCCUGCUGCUGCUCUUUGUCUGGUACUGCUACCACGUGGGCCGCGAGCAGCCCCGCGUCUACCCCCCCGUCAACGCGUUGAUGCAGGGUGCUGAGGCCAACGGCGUGCAGAACGGCUUCGUCUAUUGCCACGCGCCCGAGUGCGCACGCUGCUCGCCCCACGAUGGCCUCAACCAGAAGCUCUACCACAACCUGCAGGAGUACGCCAAGCGCUACUCGUGGUCCGGCAUGGGCAGGAUCCAUAAGGGCAUCCGCGAGCAGGGCCGAUACCUCAACAGCCGGCCCUCCAUCCAGAAGCCGGAGGUGUUCUUCCUGCCCGACCUGCCCACCACCCCCUAUUUCUCGCGGGAUGCUCAGAAGCACGACGUAGAGGUGCUGGAGCGCAACUUCCAGACCAUCCUGUGCGAGUUUGAGAGCCUCUACAAAGCGUUCUCAAACUGCAGCCUCCCGCAAGGAUGGAAAAUGAACAGCACGCCCAGCGGGGAGUGGUUCACCUUCUACCUGGUGAACCAGGGCAUGUGCGUGCCUAGGAACUGCAGGAGAUGCCCACGGACGUACCGCUUGCUCGGCAGCCUUCGCACCUGCAUUGGCAACAAUGUCUUUGGGAACGCUUGCAUCUCCGUGCUGAGCCCAGGCACCGUCAUCGCCGAGCACUACGGCCCCACCAACAUCCGCAUCCGCUGCCACCUGGGUCUGAAGACCCCCAGCAACUGCGAGCUGGUAGUGGGGGGUGAGCCGCAGUGCUGGGCUGAGGGUCGCUGCCUGCUCUUUGAUGACUCCUUCCUGCACACCGCCUUUCAUGAAGGUCCCCCAGAGGAGGGUCCCCGUGUGGUCUUCAUGGUGGACCUGUGGCAUCCCAACGUGGCAGCUGCCGAGCGCCAGGCGCUGGAUUUCAUCUUUGCUCCAGGACGCUGAGAUCACCGCCACGCUGUCAGGGUGAGGGCACCACAGCUCCAGCACCGCCUGUGGACGCUGCCCAGGGCAGGGGCUUCCUCACAGUGCCGGGGUCUCCUCCUGUGGGUCUUGUAAAUGGAACCUUUGACGUGUAUCUGCGGCAUCUCUUUCCUUCCAUCAAGGCUUCAGGGAUUAUUUUCCACCAUGGCGGUGCAUUGCGUUCCCUCCGUGGUUAGAUGCAGUCCCACUCCCAUCCGUGUUAUGUUGCUCGUGUUUUGCAGUGUUCAGAAGUAGAGUUACAAGGGUGUUUGUUUGAAUGUAAUAAUGUAAAGUUUCCUGUGGUCACAAAAAGGACAAUGCUCACAUGCCCAAGACAGCAAAGCGGAGCAAAGUGCUGCGCUCAGCUUGCCCCUGCCCAGCUUGCAGCCCCCAUGCUGAUAGAUGGACGGACAGACAGAGGGCAGAGGGCUGCAGUGGCACCACAAUAGGACAGCACUACCACUGGAUGGUACCGUGAUGCCUGCUGGCUUAGCUGCCCACGGCCCAGGCAGCACACGCACCCUGCUGAAGGGACGGUGCACGGCCAGCCCUGCUUAGUAACCUCACCUGAGGCAUUACCAAUGCCUGAAUGUCCUCCCUGCUUUACCUACAACCCUUGGUUUUUACAAGUCGAAGCCAGGAUGCCUGCAGGGGCAGGUGGCAGUUCAGAGGGACUCUGGUUUGCCGCAGAGAUGGCAGAGAGGAGUGGCAGCCAGCCCUCCUGCUGCUGCUCAUCCCCAUCCCACAGCCAGGGCUGGGAUGCAGUGCCCACACAGCUGAGAGUACAGCAAAGGUUUCCAGGGUCAGCAUCACCCUCCUCCCAGCCUUUCCUGGGACACAACCCGACUUGAGAAUGAUUUCUUUACAGAUUUUUCAGAUUGCAAGAUAAGGCAGAGAUUUCAAAUACAUCUGAGAUAUUUUUUACACCUGUCUUGUUACAGAAUAUCUGAAGUGCAUGAUUUCUACACGCAUUGAUUAUUUGGAAAGAGGCUCUGAGGAAGCAGGCUGGCUUGUAACUGUCUGACAGUUUGGUAACAUUCCUACAGUGGAUAAGUAAAGAUUAUCAAUAAACCGUUGUGCUGAAAACAGACCAGACUCUGCCUGCUUGUGUAACUGUUCCAGGGUAAAGCAAAACACAGAGGAGCUGGAUCCUUUCCUGAGCUGGCCCCAGCAGCCCAGCUUGCUGUAAGGAACAAAGCAUUGGAAAUAACAGGAGCUGCAGAGCAGGAGGUGAUGGGCUGAGGCUGAAUUGACAUGCAGUGAGUGAGGGCAUGGCUUCAGCACAGCCCCAGCCCUAGCCCCCUGCCCGUGCUAUUAGGGAGCACAAUGGGCAGCUGCCUGGCAGCUCCCUGUAUUGAUCCCACUCCUCAGGUCCCUGCUGCCCUGCAAAGCUGGACAGCUGACCCCAGCCUGCCAUCAGCCACCAGCACUGCCCCUGCCAAAGCAGCACCAGGAACCACCACAUAGAUCCAGUGCUCUUCAGGCUUGACAGAAGGGCCUUCCAAAAGGAGAAUAAAUAAAUAAAUUCCCCAAUCCACAUUUUGGAAAACAUUUGCAGCUGCCUGCAGUGACACAUCAAGGGCAGCAAGCAGCCUCAACAGGAGCAGCUCUAGGAUGUCGUGCUGCCUUUCACACAACAUUUGCCAUCCUUCUGCAAAAACGCCAGUACCCAAUACAUCCCCCUCCAGCCCCAGGGCAGCUUGGCACUGCUCAGCAUCAGCCCUGACCCCCACAAGAAAGACACAGCCAGGGCAGCAGCUGCUCCUCAUCAUUGCACUUUAACAUGACCCUUCUAAAUAUCCUCCCUCCCAUGCAACCAUUAAGCCUGGAGUGCUUUACUAUCCUACCCUAAAGACCAUGUUCCUCUGUUGCAAAACCCUGGAGGCUAUCCUGGAGGCCAGAUGCAGCUCAAGCAGCAGAACACAACGGAACCAGCCCAGCUGUUCACUGCUAACAGACGGCACAGCAGAUUGCAGCAGAAGAUUCCUGAAGGCAUCUAUUCUGUGCUUUGCUGCUGUGCCAGAAAUCCCUCCUGUCCCUCUCAGGCUUUUCCUUCAGCUCCGCGCUUCCUGAUGGAGCACACAUCACUGCAGGAGCUCAGCCAGGAGGGAGCU